AUGGCGAAGAUGAAUAAACUCUCGAUAGUGGCAUUUUGUGUGCUGGCACUGGUGCAGUACACGUCAGCGGAACCUAGGCCGCAGUUCGCCCUGUCUGCUAACGUUCCCGGUACGUCCCGGGUAUCAGUGGCAGCCGAUGCAGCUGACAGCGCGAUCGCCGAUAUCAACGUGUCGGUCACGAACUACUUGAUUGAGUCAGAUUUGGAACUACUGCCGGACGUGGCUGAAAUCGUGGCCGACAUUGCCAACCAGUAUCAGCCACUUGCCGAGGCGAUAAUCGAUGGGAUCACAGCACUUGCCAGCGACACGAGCGGCGAUGUCGAGGGCGUUUUCGCUGUGGCACUGGGUGCGGUUGCCGACGCCAUCGCGUUUGCCGAUGACACGCUACCGGACCUAAAGGCCCCGUUGGUACCCUUGGUUGGUAAUGCACUACCAGAAAAAUUCCUCGACAGCUUCCAGCACAUCGGGAAGGCUCUGGAGAAGCUUGAAACCAGCCUCACGGCGCUGAAAGACGCUGCAAACAGCGCCGUGGCUGAGGCUGGCUCCUCCGCGAUCACCGCCACCAUUGUGCACCGUACGGUAUCCCGCGCACUGGUAGGAGAUCUGAUUUACGCCUUAAACCUUCUGAAGGCCACUGUUCCGCUGCUGGAGUAUGUCGUCUCUAGCACAAUGGAGAACAUCGGGAUAGCUGACGCAUUUAUGCUGGAGCUCGACCAAAAGGUAGACGACACGAUCGGGGAGUCAUCUAACCUGCAGCUGGAGGUGGAAGCCAUUACCGGUCCACUAGGAGACUACAUCACCGAUACACUGGGCACCAUCGACAGCGACCUCGGGGAGCUUGCGACAACUUUCGCUGGUUUGACCAAUCUCGGCACCGCGACCAGUGCGGUCGACCUGGGCACUGUGCUGGAUAACUUCAAGGAUAACCUGGACCUACUAUCGCUGGCCGAUCCAUCGAUCACACAAGUCCUUGACGGGCUGAAGCAGGCACUCAUCGAUGCGUACGACGUGGUCGACCCGCUGUACUUCAUCUACGAAAGCCCGCUGGUGAACGCCUUGAUAACCAACCUGGUCGGAAACGGCAACUACGCCCAGUACUGCUUCUACAAGUACAAAGACUAUUUCUUCGUCCUGCUGGAUUGGAUCGCGUACGCCGCGAGCGAGUGCAUCCAAGAGGAGGCACCCCGGCUCGAGUACUACCAGGGUACGGUUCAGCUAAUGCUCGAAAUUUUGUUCUUUGAUUUCGAGGAUAUCGCGGACGACUUGGAAAUUUGCGAUCAAAUUGACGAUGCUACCAACUUGCAGGAAUGCACCUUGAAGUUUGCAGAAAUCUACAACGACCUGGAAGGAGCCUUCGGCAACAAGAUAAACCUUGGCUAUCAAUCACUCCAGCAUGAGAUCGCCGCCAGUAGCAACCGGCUGAAGAUCUGUAUAUCUAUGUCGCAGUCGGCGCUGAGCAACGACGAGGUCCCGGUACUGCUAGAGGACAUCAACAGCUGUGCUAACGACGGACCGACUGGCCAGGACGAAUAA